AGGCCCUGCGCCCGUCAAGUCUGGGCGCGACGAGCGGCGCGGGGCGAAGAGCCAGCGCUAUGCCUGCGCCUCCCCCGGCCGCGCUCCGAGCCGCGGGGGACAGUUGUGGCGCCCCGGGUGCCUAAAAUCCAGCGAGCUAUUUCCCAGGAACGACUUCUGCCUCUCUGCCUGGAUCCCCAAACGCACCAGCGCUUUGAGCUGGUGAAACCCCUGGAGGGAAGGAAGUGCGUCCCACCAGGCCUCCGUGCAGCGCCCCCUUCUGGCCAUGUCUCCCGCAGCCGCAGCUGAGCCAGAUGAGGUCCGGCAAGACAGGCACAUCAGCAAGCUCAUUUUCUUCCUUUUCGUCUUUGGUGCCAUCCUGUUGUGUGUGGGAGUGCUGCUCUCCCUCUUUGGCUUCCAGGCAUGCCAGUACGAAACCCUCCCGGACUGCAGCAUGGUGCUGAAGGUGGCUGGGCCCUCGUGUGCUGUGGUGGGCCUCGGGGCCGUGAUCCUGGCCCGCUCCAGGGCGCGGCUUCAGCUCCGGGAGAGGCAGCGGCGAGGCGCCCAGGUGGACCCUGACCAAGCCUUCAUCUGUGGAGAGAGCCGCCAGUUUGCCCAGUGUCUCAUCUUCGGCUUUCUGUUCUUGACAAGCGGCAUGCUUAUCAGCAUACUGGGCAUCUGGGUCCCGGGGUGUGGUUCAGCCUGGGCGCAGGAACCACUCAACGACACAGACACUGCAGAGUCGCGGCCCCAGAUCUGUGGCUUCUUGUCCCUGCAGAUCAUGGGACCCUUGAUUGUGCUUCUGGGAUUGUGUUUCUUCGUGGUUGCCCAUGUUAAAAAGAGAAACAACUUGAAUGUGGGCCAGGACACCUCUGAGAGUGAGGAGAGACAGAACCAGAACAUGGAACCUGUUCAGGUCACUGUAGGUGAUGCUGUGAUCAUAUUCCCGCCACCCCCACCGCCUUACUUUCCCGAGUCUACAGCAUCUGCGGGAACUCAGGCUGUGUUUCCCAAUGAAAAUCCACCGUCGUAUUACAGCAUUUUUAGCGAUGGCAGGACCCCAACUCCUGAGGGCCAAGGGGCAGCCUCUGCGAGAGAUCAAGAACCUAUCUAUACUAUUUCUGGACCAACUUCAUUUUCUGAAAUCUCACAGCCUGCACACGUCUCAUCUGAAUUGCCUCCCGGCUAUGAAGAAAAAGAAACUGCUGUAACCACCUCCUCCUCUCGGUCCUCUGAGCCUUCCCCACCAUGAACUUUGGAUGCCAGUUCAGUUUUAUAUGGGAUUGACCACUAUUUUAUUUAAUUUGCUUUUUUUUAAUAAAAAA